AUGGAGGAAACUGGCGAUGCUUCUCAAUUUUUUCCAUUACAGAAAUGCAUUUUCCUGAAAAACCCUUCAAAAACGCUUAAAUUCUCUUACUCUACCCUUCUCAUUUUAGUUUAUUUCUGUCUCCUCGCAAACCCAGCAGCUGCAGCAACCUCAAUUUCAUCUUCGAAUUUCCUUGCUUAUUAUGCCCAACACUGUAAUCAAGUCAUCCCAGAAUCCCCAUCUACUGAAACCCGCAUGAACUUUGCUCUCGGCCAGGACAAAGUCCUUCAUUUUGAUAUUGCUUAUUUCACUGGCGGCCACCAAAUCUUUCCGAAAAGAGCCUUCACUGCCGAUUUGCCUGCCAUUUCGCUCUCCUUCCACCCGAAAAGGAAUACUAUUUCUCUUACGCAGACUCCUCACGUCCUUAAGCUCCAAGCGACUCUCAGAUUCCACCUUCCUGCACACUUUAACCUGACGUGGAAACGCAAUUUGAGGGAGAUAAGGUUCCGUCCACCGAGAAUUCCGAUCCGUCCAGGGUCUUUGGGGUUCGAGCUUUAUGGGUUUUGGUCCAUGGAUACUGGGAAGCUGUGUAUGGUGGGAUCUGGAUCGAGUUUUGCAAAUUUGGGUGUUGUAAGUUCUUCGAAUGUUGUUUUAAAGCUUAAUUAUCCAGUGAAUUUUAGUAAUAUUAGUAGCUUGAUUAGUGGGUUUUUGGAGAGUUUGAAUCAUAAAGGCAGUUCGGGUUAUUUUGAGUCUAUUUCGAUUUUGGCGAUACCUCAUUUUGGUGAAUAUAAGUAUACAUUGAUAAACAGAGGUGGUAGUGACUUGUGUUCUAGUGGAAGUGAUGGUGGUGGAGAGGAUGAUAAUUUACAUUUAGAGUGGCUAGAUCCCAGUGCUUGUUUAAGUCAGUUGUAUAAGUACUCUAGGACUUUUGAAUUGGAGUAUGGAAACGAAUGCGAUCGUAAUGGUGGUGGUAAUUGCGACCCUCUUGGUCGCAGCUCUGGGAUUUUGCCCAAGUUUAUGACAAUUCAAGGAAUUCGGUGUGAACGUGAGGGUGGAAUUCGGGUUUUGAUAGGAUUCUCAAACUCUGGUUAUUUUGGCUCUGGACCUUUUAGUUAUGAGAGAGUUUUUUAUCCUAAUAGAAUGUUAAUUGGUGAGGGAGUGUGGGAUGAGAAGAAGGAUAGACUCUGUGUGGUUGCAUGUCGAGUCUUGAAUUUAAAGGAUUCAUUAGUUAAUGCUUCUAUUGGUGAUUGCUCAAUUCAAUUGAGCUUGAGAUUCCCUAAAACCUUGACAAUUACACAAGGGAGUACUGUUCUAGGGAAAAUUUUGAGCACCAUGCCAGUGAAUGGGACUGGCUAUUUUGAUGAAAUCAGAUUUCAUGGUUCCGGGAAUAGGGUAAGGGGCCUUCCAGGUCUGAAAUAUAAGUAUACUAUGUUUGACAGGGUGAGUAAAUCCUGUCCAAAACAGAAGACCAUGAGACGCAAAGGAAAGGCAUACCCUAAUGCUUAUUCAUCAGACAUGAGAUUCCAUAUUUUGGCGAAUAAUGGUAAAGGGAAAAUAGCACAAGGUUAUUCAUCCCCAUUGUUUGUGGGUGAUCAGGUUUUUGAGCCCUAUCGAGUGAACACAAACAGUGGUCUUAUAAACAUUAGCUACAAGAUGAGCUUCACUGCUUCUUCUGAUUUUAAGUUGGGUAAUAAGCUUUUGUCAAAUGAAUUCGUAGAAAUUUCAGCUGAAGGGACAUAUGAUAAUGAGACUGGUGUGCUGUGCAUGAUAGGCUGUUCUCGUCCAAUAUUUCUUCUUGAAAACUCAACAGAAAAUCAAUCAGAGGACUGCCAGAUUCUGAUCAAUGUUCAAUUUUCUCCACUGAAUGCAAAGGGUAGGAAUAACAUCAAGGGAACCAUUAAAAGCAUGCGGGAAAAGUUGGACCCUCUUUACUUUUGGGAAAUUGAGAUAUCUUCAAACUCAAUUUAUACAAGCCAAGCAGCAGAAUCCAUAUGGAGAAUGGAUAUGGAGAUUACCAUGGUUUUGAUUUCUAAUACUCUUGCUUGUGUCUUUGUGUGUUUGCAACUCUAUCAUGCUAAAAAGCAUCCUGAUGUGCUACCCUUCAUUUCGUUUGUGAUGCUUAUGGUUCUAACACUAGGUUACAUGAUACCUCUUCUGUUAAAUUUUGAAGCCCUGUUCAUGGCAAAUCAUAACAGACAGAAUGUUUUCCUUGAGAGUGGUGGAUGGCUUGAAGUAAAUGAGGUAAUAGUGAGGGUUGUAACAAUGGUAGCAUUUCUUUUGCAAUUCCGUCUGCUCCAACUCAGUUGGUCUGCCAGGCAGAGUGAUGGAAGCCAUAAAAGUUUGUGGCUUGCUGAGAAAAAGGUUCUCUAUUUGGCCUUGCCAUUGUUUGUUGGUGGUGGGUUGAUUGCUUGGUAUGUGCACCAAUGGAAGAAUUCCUAUAGGAGUCCAUAUCUACAACCACGCCGUAUGGGUUACCAGCGGCAUUAUCAUUGGAGAGACCUUAAAUCUUAUGCUGGUUUGAUUCUGGAUGGCUUUUUACUCCCGCAGAUAAUGUUCAACGUAUUCUUGAAUUCUAAAGAAAAUACCCUUGCCUGUACCUUUUAUGUCGGGACAACUAUUGUCCGUUUACUGCCUCAUGCGUAUGACCUUUACAGGGCUCAUAGUUCCACCUGGUCCCUUGAUUUAUCAUACAUAUAUGGAAAUCACAGGCAGGAUUUUUAUUCCACUGCAUGGGACAUCAUUAUCCCACUUGUUGGUCUGCUGUUUGCUGCCUUUAUUUACUUGCAGCAGCGAUAUGGUGGCAGUUGCAUCAUUCCCAAGAGAUUUAGAGGGACUCCUGAUUAUGAGAAGGUACCUGUAGUUAGCAGUGAGGAAGUGCAAGGGGAAGCUGUUCACUGA